AUGCAGGCCAACGAAGAACCAUCUCAAGCUAUGUCUCCGAACGCUCAUCUUCAGCAGCGAGUUCCGAUGAUAUCCUCUGACCAGUGCUCUCCGGAUAACACUCAUGAAUGGACAUUGUUAAGCCCCGAAGCCGAGAUCAUGGCGAGUGAGAUAAGCCCAAUCUCACCUCACGAAAACCACGGCACCAAUCUUGACACACACCAACACGAAGACCUCUCGAUUCUCGGCGCGGGGAUCCGGCGAAAACCCAUCAGUGUCACCACUCACCCAAGUGCACAACAGACACCAGAAGGACCUGACGAAGGCCCACAACCUACGAGUGCUAGUGCCGAAAGGCUCGAUGAAGCCAAGAGAGCCACGGAGACCUUGAAGCCGAUCUGGAAAAUAUGGGCUCUCGAGAUAGCCUGCAUCGUACUGAGUACAAUUCUCAUAGGCGAUACUCACAAGAAGAAAUGCUCGUCGCAAAAGAAGCAACAGGAAGCCAGGCUACUACGCAAGCAGUCCGAGAUCUCAUGUAUCCCAGAGAUAAGCUUGAGUCAGCAAUCCGCUUCGCCAGUUAUCAAACUAGCUUCCUAG